AUGAGGCAGGAGAGUGAACCAGAUGUGCCCAACACGGCGCCGGCCACCCUCCGCCUUCGGGACACUGCCUUGGGUCCCUCGAGGAUUUCUGUCCUGAACACGCCCUCAGAGAUGAGGCAGGGGACACAAUGGCUGGCCACCCAGCGGCCGCCCGAUGUAGGCCACCCGGAGCUCUCUCUGGAAGACGUGGCUGUCAGCUGGGACCUGGGGCUCAAAGACACAGCCCACGGAGGCUUAUCACACGGCCUCCUGACCCUGGGACCCAGCCCACCCCAGGCGACUGCAGGGCAGGACUCCUCACCCCACUCCCCCACCCCCGCCUCGGUGGUCCCUGUGGGCAGCCGAGCCCGCCACACUGACCCCAGUGUCUGCCUUGUCCAGGUGGUCCAGAAGAAAGGCGGGGACACGCUGGGCCUUGACCCUGAGGUCCUGUCGGUGUUCGUGCCUCCCUUUGUCAGCCACGAGGAGGGCCCGGUGCCCAGUGCCAACAGCGGGGCCCUGGGGAAAAAUCGAAGGCGCUCCUUCAGGAAGAAGAGGGACCUGCCCAAGCCCGAGCCCUGGCGGGCCCUCCCGGGGUCCCCCAAGGUUCCCGAGCCCGAGGAGGUCAGCAUCCCCAACGACGUGGACCUGCUGGCCCUGCGGCAGCUCUGCUUCCCAGGAGGCAUGUGUGUGGCCCCUGAGCCAAAGGAGGACUGUAUCCACUUCCUAGUCCUGACGGACGUCUGCGGGAACAGGACGUACGGUGUGGUUGCCCAGUACUAUCGGCCCCUGCACGAGGAGUGCUGCUUCUACAACGGCCAGGCCCGCUGGGAGUCAUCCCGGCAGACGGUGGGCGCGGCCGGCGGCUUCAUGCCCUACGCGGUCUGCGUCGUCUCCCGGUACCCGUACUACAACGCCCUCAAAGACUGCCUCUCCUGUUUGUUGCCUCACCUGAAACUCUGUAAGGAUUUUGAAGUUGAUGAUCAUAUAAAAGAAUUCGCUGCAAAACUCUCUUUGAUUCCCAGCCCGCCGCCAGGACCGCUGCACUUGGUGUUCAACAUGAAGCCUCUGCAGGUUGUCUUCCCCUCCCGCGUGGACCCCGAGAGCCCGCUCAUCGACUUGGACCUGCACCUACCCUUGCUCUGCUUCAGACCCGAGGCCGUGCUGCAGGUGCUCACAUGCCUGCUCACCGAGCAGCGCGUGGUGUUCUUCUCCUCCGACUGGGCCCUGCUGACGCUGGUGGCCGAAUGCUUCCUGGUGUACCUGCACCCUCUGCACUGGCAGCACACCUUCGUGCCCAUUCUGUCGGGCCAGAUGCUGGACUUCCUCAUGGCGCCCACCUCCUUCCUCAUGGGCUGCCACCUGGAGCACUUCGAAGAAGUCAGCAAGGAAGCCGACGGUCUGAUGCUCAUCAACGUCGACAGUGGGAGUGUCACUUGCUCUAGGCCUUUGGACGCCGAGGUGGACAUCCCCGAGGUCCCCAUGCAUGCGGCCCAGACCUUCAUCCAGAGGGUCCAGAACCUGCAGCUGCACCAGGAGCUGGACCUCGCGCACCGCAGCGCCAGCACAGACCUGCAUGAGGGCCAGGGCCGCCGGCGCGCCUGGCAGCAGCAGCUCAACAACCAUAUCCAGCAGGCUGCCCUCCAGCUGCUGGUCAGCAUCUUCAGGGAGGUGAAGAAUCAUUUAAAUUAUGAACACCGAGUGUUCCACAGUGAGGAAUUCCUGAAGACAAGAGCCCCCGGGGAGCAGCGGUUUUAUAAACAGGUUCUAGACACCUACAUGUUCCAUGCGUUCCUGAAAGCCCGGCUGAGCAGGAGGAUGGAUGCUUUUGCCCAGAUGGAGCUGAGCAUGCAGUCCGAGGAGGACAGGAUCAGUGGCCUGCUUGGCAGCCCCCGUCGGCCCACCGUCCAGAAACUGGCCCUGCGCAAGUCCUCCCCGCUGCAGGCGGCCCACCGACGCAUGGUAGUCAGCAUGCCCAACCUGCAGGACAUCACUGUGCCCGAGCUCCCGCCCAGGAACGCCUCCCUCCGGAGCGUCAGCCCCUCCAGGGCCUGCAGCAGCCGCAGAGCGCAGAGCGUGGCCCCCAAGGCAACCUUCACGUUCAAGAUCCCAGAAAUCCACUUCCCACUGGUGACACAGUGUGUCUGCACCUACUACGCGGACUUUGUCGACCUCCUGAGCAAGGCCAUGGGCCUGCUGGGCCCCGACAGCUCCGUGCUGCUGGCCCGCUACUUCUACCUGCGCGGACUCAUCCAGCUGAUGCAGGGCAGGCUGCUCGGCGCCCUGCUGGACUUCCAGAGCCUCUACAAGACGGACAUCCGCAUCUUCCCCGCCGACCUGGUGAAGCGGGCGGUGGCGGCCAUGUCCGCCCCCGAGCGCGCCCAGACAGAGCGGACGCCAGAGCUGAAGCGGCUCAUCCACGAGGUGGUGGACAAGCCCGGGGAGGUGGCCAAGGUGGAUGACCACGUCAAGAACUUCGAGCUGCCCAAGAGGCACAUGCAGCUGGAGGACUUUGUGAAGCGGGUCCAGGAGUCGGGUGUAGUGAAGGACGCCAGCACCAUCCACCGGCUAUUUGAGGCGCUGACCGUUGGGCAGCAGAAGCAGAUCAACCCGGAGACCUUCCGCGACUUCUACCGCUGCUGGAAGGAGACGGAGGCCGAGGCGCAGGAGGUCAGCCUGCCGCGGUCAGUGACUGACCAGCUGGACAAGAAUGAGUGUGUCUACAAGCUGUCCGGCGCCGUUAAGACCAACCGCGGCGUUGGCAAGAUCGCCCUGACCCAGAAGCGCUUGUUCCUGCUCACAGAGGGCAGGCCCGGCUACGUGGAGAUCUCUACCUUCCGGAACAUAGAGGAAGUCAGGAACACCACUGCUGCCUUCCUGCUUCUGCGGAUCCCCACGCUGAAAAUCAGGGUGUCGUCCAGGAAGGAGGUCUUUGAGGCCAACCUGAAGGCUGAGUGCGACCUCUGGCACCUCAUGGUGAAGGAGAUGUGGGCCGGGAAGAAGCUGGCAGAUGAUCACAAGGACCCUCAGUACGUCCAGCAGGCCCUGACCAACGUGCUGCUGAUGGAUGCUGUGGUUGGCACGCUGCAGUCGGCCAGCGCCAUCUACGCGGCCUCCAAGCUGUCCUACUUUGACCGGCUGAAGAGCGAAGUGCCCAUGGCUGUCUCCAGAACGACCUCAGAGACACUCAAGCACAAGAUCAGCCCCUCUGCCGGGGAGACGCAGCCGCGAGCCAUCGAUGUCCUGCUGUACACGCCAGGGCACCUUGACCCGGCAGAGAAACUGGCCGACGCUCGCCCCAAACUAUGGUGCGCCCUGAGUGAGGGCAAGGUGGUGGUAUUCGAUGCCUCCUCCUGGACUGUCCACCAGCACUGCUUCAAAGUGGGCAGUGCCAAGCUGAACUGCAUGGUGAUGGCCGAGCAGAGCCAGGUGUGGGUGGGCUCCCAGGACUCCGUCAUCUACAUCAUCAACAUCCACAGCAUGUCCUGCAACAAGCAGCUCACGGACCACCGGGCCAGCGUCGUGGAUUUGGUUGUACAGGACGGAGAGCAGGCACCCAGAGAGGUGUUCUCCUGUAGUGGGGACGGGACAGUGCUGGCGUGGAGCGUGAGCACUCUGAGGGUCACCAGCAGGUUCCAGCUGCCCGGCUGCAGGCUGACGUCGGCCAGACUCCACCAGGGCCGCCUGUGGUGCUGCACAGGAAACAGCAUCGUGGUGGUUACGACCAACGGUUUUGUACGCCAAGAACUGAAAAUCAAGGACAGCUUCCCGGAGGAGCUGGGCACCACCUUCCUGCGCUUCCAGCUGAUCCUGGAGCAGGAGCAGUUGUGGGCUGCCUGGGCGGGGUACAGCGAGAUCCAAAUCUGGAGCCUGCGGGACCUCAGCCGGCCCCCCCAGAGGGUCCCCCUGCAGGACUGCAUGGAGGUCAGCUGCAUGAUCAGGGUCAAGAGGCAGAUCUGGGUGGGCGGCAGGGGGCUGUCGCAGGGGCAGCCCAGAGGCAGAAUCUACGUGAUCGACGCCGAUCGGAAGACGGUCGACAAGGAACUGGUGGCCCACGCGGACACGGUGACCACGCUCUGCUCGGCUGAGGACCGCUACGUGCUCAGCGGCUCUGGCGGGGAGGAGGGCAAGGUGGCCAUCUGGAAGGUGGAGUGAGCGAGGCCCCUCGUCCAAACCUGUGUCUGUGGCUCCAGUCUGCACAGCGUCCAGCUCUGAGGGCAAGCUCAGCCGUGGGGACGGCGGUGGACACGGGGGCACCACUCCCUGGACUCAGUGUGAGGGCACGUCCCCUUGGGGGGCUUCUAGGCCAGCAGCCAGGUCCCAUCUAGAAAGCUCUGGCACCGAGUGGGGAGGACAGUAUUCACGUGGGUGUUCCUCUCCAUCGAACUUCUCAGGGAGUGUCUGGGGGCCCCGGGCUCUCAGGACUGCCCCCAACAAGACCCAGAUGAGAAUGCCACCCCCUCAUGGACCGCCCUGGGGUGAGAGAGGCCCUGCCUUUUCUGGUCAACACAGCAGUCUCCCCUGGGCAGAUAAAAUCCUCAUCAAAAGGCUAACCCACCACCCAGCCUGGGGGUCACUACCUGGACAGCUACGGCCACAAUGGAGCUGGCAGUCACUGCCUCCCUGGGGCACAACUGGGUGCCAGCAUGGGGCUAGGCGAUUCACACAGGGAGCUUGUCCGAAGGCCCACUGGCCAGCCUUAUCUUCCUGUGUGGAAGGUUCUGGUGCUGGUUGGAUGUGGCGGUCAGUGGUCAGCCGGCCAGUGGACACCACCCCAGCUGCUGGGCCUCAGAGCUGCCCCUAGCUGCUCCCAACCUUUGCCCUUGCCCGUGUAAGCCCAGCCCCUGGCAGGCCCGCAGCAAGCCGGGGCUUCGGUGGCAGCGUGGGCCCUGACCUGCCUGGUUCAGCAGCACACCUGACUGAUAUCCCCCCAGCUCCUGGUUUGGGGGUCACUGCUUGCUUUCUGGAAUGUUCAGGGCCGUCAGGCUGAGAAGGGGGGGUCCCUGGCUUUGCCCUGGGGUCUGCCCUGUGUGAGGACGGUCAGCUCCAAGAACCAAAGGAGGAGGGGUUUGGCUUCUGUAAAUUGAGAAGGAAUGGGGAGCCUGCCUGCCCGCUGCGGGGGACUAUUUAAUGUCAGCGCACCAAGGGUGGCGCGGCCUUUGUAGUAAAAGUGCUUAUUUAACACA